UUCCUUUAUAACCCCACAACCAUCACUCCAUCCACACUUAUGUUUUUUUUUUUACCUUUGGAUUUGCUCAUUUUGGCGGACAAAUUGGAUUACUGGCAACGUUUUUCCCCACAUAUACUGUUACAGAUCUGAAGGAAAUGGAAGUGCUUUCUUAGGAUAAGAGCAAUAUAUUUUUUAGUUAGAUGGGACAAGGAAUAACUUUGUAAGAGGAUCUAAAAAAAUGGAAUAUCAUAAAGGGUUUCUGAUCAUUUAUCUAUCUAAUUAGUACGUUUGUUUUCCUUGUCCUGAUUAUUUUACUCAACCAAAAUAUUUUACUUUUCUUUUCUUUUUUUCUUUUUUUUUUUGUCGUUAUAGAUGACAAUGUCAUAAGAUGAAUAUCUCUCUCUGUGUGACAAUACGAUUACAACUUAGAGGCAUUUUAUCUUCAAAACAUAAGUGGAAUUAAUGGAAAUUAUUACAAUAGAUUAAGCUGAUGAUCUGUUGGGCUAAUUAGCAGAUUUGAAACGUAAUUUCAGCAGUUCGUCAACAGGAAUAUUCCGGAUCCUUUUGGACCUCAAAGUGAUAUGAGGGGAACAACCCCAAUGUAACAGGCACAGCUGUUAGACUGAAAGCAACAAGAGCUGAUCACUAAUUCAGAGACAGACAGGUAGUCGGACAGACAGGCAAUCUGAUGCCAACGGUGUCCUCCGUGACUCUCACGGGACGACUCCUCCUGCUGUUGCUAUGGGCACCCCACCUCACCAUGGCAAGCAACUGGCUUUCUCUGGCACGUCUGCCACGCUCUCGUCCUGUGUCUGGUGCAGAACCAUGUGGCCGUCUGAGGGGGUUGACACCAGGCCAAGUCGGGGUGUGCCGGGCACGGGGGGAGGUCAUGGAGUCCGUGAGAAAGGCUGCAGAGAUGGUCAUUGAGGAGUGUCAACACCAGUUUCGAAACCGGCGCUGGAACUGUUCCACCACCCCUCGCGGGAUCAAUAUUUUUGGACGAGUCAUGAACCAAGGCACCCGUGAGGCUGCUUUUGUCCAUGCUCUUUCAUCAGCAGCAGUCGCUGUGGCUGUGACUCGGGGCUGUAGCAGGGGAGAACUGGAGAGGUGUGGCUGUGACCGAAAGGUCAGGGGAGUCAGUCCUGAAGGUUUCCAGUGGUCUGGCUGCUCUGAUAAUCUGUCCUAUGGCGUUGCAUUCUCUCAGACAUUUGUGGAUGAGCCAGAGAGAGCUAAAGGGAUGUCAUCAGGGCGGCCGCUAAUGAACAUUCACAACAAUGAGGCAGGACGAAAGGCAAGUGAGAUGUUCCACUUAUUGAUAUUAAGACUCAUCAUCAACUGCAUUGUUUUCAUGGUUUUCUCUAUCUUUGUUCAGGCGAUUCUCCAUAACAUGCAGGUUGAGUGUAAGUGUCAUGGUGUUUCGGGGUCCUGUGAGCUCAGAACGUGCUGGAAGGUCAUGCCUCCGUUCCGCCGGGUCGGUGCUGUGCUGAAAGAACGCUUUGAUGGGGCCACAGAGGUACGGCUGACACGUGUGGGCUCUCGGACAGCCCUCCUUCCCCGGGACCCCCAAGUGAAGCCACCAGCCGCACGGGACCUGGUCUACCUAGCCCCUUCACCAGAUUUCUGCCGCUUGGAUCCAGACAACGGCAUUCCUGGCACUGCAGGACGACGGUGUAAUGGAACCUCACGGUUGGCACCAGAUGGAUGUGAACUGUUAUGCUGUGGCCCAGGUUUUCGAGCAGGCCGGGCUGAGGUGGUCCAGCGCUGCUCCUGUAAGUUCUCCUGGUGCUGCUCGGUUCGCUGCCAGCAGUGUAAGAACACAGUGCUCAUACACACCUGCCGAGAAUGAGAUGCACCUGGAAAAACCGCACAGCCACACCAGAAGCACCUCAUCUCAUGCCAGCCUGCAUUAAUGCCCAUAUGAUGAACACCAAACCUGCUCCACUUAAAACAUUCUGCAUUAUGCCUCCUAUUUGGUGACUUAAGUUCUUUCAGAUGUGACAUUACAUUAUAUAAUUAUUUUAAU